UCUCACUAGUCCAAGCUAGUAAAUGUUACUGAAUGGAUUUCAGUGUUGUAGCCAUUCUACAGUAAGUACAAGAAGAGCCUUUGUGAAAAACUGCAAGGAGAAAAAAAGGUAGUAGAAAUCCAUCUGUGACUGUUCGUCAGACCAGAGCACCUGCACCAAUGAUAGACAGGCUUUCCUCGAGAAACAAAUAAUGACAACAAACACUGCUGUUCAGAGGAGCCAGAAUCUCCCCAAAAGACGCCUAGAAAGUAUAGGGGAGUGUCCUGCAAAACGAAAAUCUAGCUGGGGUAUUCUGACCAGCCAAGGUUCUUGGGCAGAUCGCUCACCUCUGCAUGAGGCAGCCAGUCAAGGACGUCUUCUUUCUCUAAAGACUUUAUUGUCACAGGGUUACAAUGUAGACACACUAACUAUUGACCAAGUAACUCCACUUCAUGAAGCCUGCCUGGGAGAUCAUGUAGGAUGUGCAAGGAUCCUUCUUGAAGCAGGAGCAAAUGUAAAUGCUACAACAAUUGAUGGAGUGACACCCUUAUUUAACGCGUGUUCGAGAGGCAGCGCAGCAUGUGCUGAGCUCCUGUUAGAGUAUGGUGCCAAAGCUCAGUGGGAGUCCUGUCUUCCAUCACCAACUCACGAAGCAGCCAGCAGAGGACACAGUGAAUGUCUGGAGGUACUGAUAUCCUGGGGUAUAGAUGUUGACCAAGACCUUCCUCAUUUAGGAACACCUCUAUAUGUAGCAUGUGUGUCACAGCAGAUCCAUUGUAUUCGAAAGCUUCUUUAUGCAGGUGCCAAUGUGCAGAAGGGAAAGCAUUUGGAAACUCCACUGCAUGCUGCUGCCCAGCAUUCAAGUACAGAGAUUGUAAACUUACUCCUUGAAUUUGGGGCAGACAUAAAUGCCAAAAACACAGAUUUUGAGAGGCCUGUUGAUUUAGCUGCUCCUCGCAGUUUAGUAGAGAGGCUGCUGCUCCUCCACGAAGCCACACCAUCUUCUCUUUGUCAGCUUUGUCGACUACGUAUCCGAAAUUACAUAGGAAGAGCUAGACUGCAUCUUGUCCCACAACUCCAAUUGCCAACAAUACUGAAGAAUUUCUUACAGUAUAGAUAACAUAAUAAUUAACCUUUAGAAAGCUGAAUAACAAGUCUUCUGUUUAUUGUAAAUUUUACCUAAAGAACUGCUGGGCGGAAAAUAAAGCCUUUUGCAUAUUACUUUAAAAAGACACAAAUCUUUGACACCUGGUGUUGGCAUGUAAUCACAAUUGGGAGCCAUUCAGCAACUGGUACCAAGGUGCUAACAAGGCUGAAUUGAAUAAGUGUGCUGAUACUCUGGGAAAUGAUUGUAUAGGUUUAGCUUAACACUUACUAAUUAGCUUUAGUGCUGUUAAUUUUAUUUGUAUUUAUACUUUAAAAUCUGUUUGGCACAUGGGAACUGCAGCGUUUCUUCAUUUAUAUUUGUUAACUUUGUCCAUUUGGAGUCAUUAUUUUAUGUGUUUUUAAAUAUCUGUUGUUUGUGUACUGGAAAAUACUUGGUGGUAGGUGCACUACAAACAUUGAUUAAAAAAAAAUAAAUAAAUGAAUAAAUAGC